CCUGGGCUCAAAUGAUCUGCAUACCUCAGCCUCCCAAAUUGUUGAGAUUACAGGCAUGAGCCACCAUGUCUGGGCUGAUUGUUCUUAAGUGUGAAAUUCCUGAACUGGGGUUUGUGAGAGCAGUGAUACCUUGACUUAUGAUAAUCUAAUGCCUGAUGAUUUGAGGUGGAAGAGUUUCAUCCAGAAACUAUUCCCCCCUGCCAUUCUGUGGAAAAAUUGUCUUCUAUGAAACUGGUCCCUGGUGCCAUAAAGGUGGGGGACUGCUAUACAAUAGCAUAUAAUUUUACCAUAAAGAACAUUUAAAUAGAAUAGAAAAUUGUUAGUAUCAUCUUUAACCCUUCAACCAGCAGCCACAUACACUGGGAGUGAAGAACAACCUAAUUGAGCUGUGAAUACUGGGCAUUUGCUGAGGUGCUGUCACUUUUGAUGUAAUUUAUUUUCUCAUCUGAAGGCUAUCAGUAACCCAAGUUCACGUCUCAUCAAAAUGACAUGGACCUUUGAGGCUUUUCAAGAGUAGUAGAAAUAGGGAAUGUUAAAUAUAUUAACUCUAGAGUCUUUUGUAACAAUGGAAAGCCCCCAGAGAGGACUUAACACAUAGGAGUUGUCUAAUAAAUAUUAGCUGCUCAAUAUUACUUAAACAUUGUCAUCAGUAUCAUCAUGCAUACAAGUCCUGUUCAUCUACUCACUAGCUUUAUGACCUUGAGCCAAUUCAGCUUUGCACAUCUCAGAGAAUGUUAAUAAUACUUCUGUAUGCAUCUCACUGAAUUGUUUUGAGGAUCAAAUAAAGUAAUAUAUAUUGUAUGAAGCAAAUAAAAUAAAAUACAUUGUAUAAAAGUCGUUUGUAAUUGUAAAGAGGUAUAUAAUGGUUUAUUGUUGUUAUAACCCCAAAAUCGUUUACCUCGGACAUGAGGCCCUAAACAUCUGAACACUUUAAUGAACUGCCAGUAUUGAUUAAGGGAAGAUGGCACAUUAAUGUUAGAAAAAGGGAAAAAGCCUGGUCACUGAUACCCACGUAGAAUUUCACAAAUGUAAACAUCUAUCAUUGAAAUGAUACUCAAAUUGUAGGGAUUAUUUUUUGUUUUACCAUCAAAUAAGUAAGCUCUCUCAGAAAGUUUUAUUUAGGGCCAGAAGGGCCAAAAUUUUAACCUUUAAAGGAACACUAAUCCAAUGUGUUUAUCUUAGAGAUACUUAGAAUGAGUUUUCUCUUUGAGAGACACCAAAGAAUUCUUGAGUAAGCCUUAAUAUGCCUGAGCCAGUGUUCCUGGACCAAAAAGGUGCUUAAGGACCAAACCUAACACACAGAAAAUUGCAUUCUUAACUUGGCGCUAAAUGAUUUGGCCAAUCGUCUCUCUCUUUCCUUUAACUAUGUUGCAGGUAUUACAGGUCCUUUUUUGUAUUUAUUUUUUCUCCCCAUCCUAGGACUUGUAGAAGUCUAUGGGGGGUGGAGGAAUUUCUGGAAUGAGACUCUUGCCUCAAAACUGUAUGAAUGUAUAAGUCUUUGAGAUAGGCCCUGAUAGAGUUAGUUAGAUAAGAAGGUGACAUGUAAUGGUAUAUUUGGCAGCUCUGUACAUCUGUUUACCUCCUGUGAAAAAUAGAUCCACAACCAGGAAGGCAGCUAGUUGUGUGUAUGCUUUGUGCACCAGGCAUGGAGAGUCCCGUUUGUGGAGAGCAAUGUUGAAUUUGAAACCUUUCAUGGAGUAGAAGUGAAGAAGAAAGAAAGUAGGAAUUGAAAAGACUUCAGUAUAUGAGAGAUGCAAGACAUCUCAGAGAUUGAGUAUAGUAAGAUCACAAAUAUAGCUUUAACACAAGAGAACAAUUUGUUUCACAAAGAAAGAAAGGACAUUUUAUGUAAAGACUGAGCACUGUGACAGACUCUGAUUUGUGAAGAGACAGUGAUAUGUGGCCAGUGGUUUGUAAUUCCAAUCUUCUAGCAGUGCUAGUUCUAAUAAUUCUAGCUACAGAUAUUCUUAGCGAAACUCAGCAGUUUUAGGGGCCUAUUUUUGAGGAAAUUAAUUGUAAAGUGCUCAAAUUUUCAGCAAAAAAUUUUUAAAAUGGACUAAGAAAGAUUAGUUAGCCAAUAUAAAUAAUGUAGGAAAGAUAAAUAAAGCGUACAGCUAUUAUAAAGGAGAAGCAAUUCACAAUAUUUGUAGAAAACAUGAUUGUAUACUGUGUGCUAUUAAAACUGUUAACUCAAUUAACUAUUCAUAUAGAUAAUAAUUACCCUGAUUCAGUGACUUUUAUAUGUAUUAGCAAUAGAAUGUGGGAAAUAUUAGUUGAAAAAAGUAUAUUCGAAGUUGCAACUGAAAAUAUAAAAUAAUAAAAUGUUUAUUACAGGUUACAAAGUAAAUCUUAAUUGGAAUGAUGUAUAAAAUUCAUCGGAAUUUAAUUAGAUGUAAUUAGAUGUUUUGUUGAAUUCCAAUCUCAAUUUCAUCCAGAAAAAAUAAAGUGGAUAUUUAGAAACUUAAGAAGGAAUAAUCACAGCAGUGUCCUGUUCAGCGAGCGAAGUGUAUUAUAAUAUUACAGCAGUUAAAACAGUGUAGCGUUGACUCAGCAAUUGAUGGAAAGAUCAGUGGGACCUAGUGGGACCCCUGGACAAGCCCCCCAAGGACAGCGUCAUGCAGUUUCCUCUGGAGACUCUUAAAAGUCCCAGAAGUGCCGUCAGCCAUUAGAGGGAGUAAGUGUGGGGGUCCGAGCUCUCUCAUCUCCAGCUCAACGUGAACAGCUCUGCAUUUGUGUGGUUUAUAUAUUGGGUUCCCACAAUUAUAUUUAGGUUUCACAUUUUGAAACGUUUUCAUUGCCCUACUCUUAACAUAUGGUAGAGGAUGCCUCACUAGCCAUGUGUGGCAUGUGAAACAAAUUAUGUUGGGGAAAUGAGGCUUACUAUGGGAGGAGGGGGCAGAUGUUAAUAUUUCACCUUGGCAAAAAAUAUAAAUUCCAGAUGAAUUAAAAAACAACUGCUUGAGAGAAACACUUGUAGGUAUUUGCAUGCUCUCUGGAUAAAAGGAAUUUGUAAACAUUAAAGUAGUAGAAGUUAAUGGAAAAGCCUGAUGAAUAGUUGCUUGUGUAACAAUAGAAAAAACAAAAAACAAACAAAAAACACAAAAAAACAGAUCUCCCACCAAACAUCCAAAAUGUAAGCAACAACAAGACCAGGCAGUGCCUUAUGGUCAGGAAAAUGUUGCGGCAAUGGACAGUUAGUCUAAGGUUUGGGUCUGGGAGCUGAAGAUGCCGUUGUGCUCUGACUGUGGCUUGCCCCACUCAGUGUAUUAGAGUAUGGCUGUCUGUGAGUCUGAUUCAUGUUUCUGCCAUGUGUCACAUUAUUUUGAUGGCAUCAGUGUUUUGUUCUGUGAAAAUAAUUUCUCCUUAUCUUUUGUUCUAUUAAUGUUUACACAGCUCAAUCAAUAAAGCUUGUUCAUACCCAGGAACCUCUCCUUCUCUGUCUCUGUUCUCUGUCUUGCAGGAAUUGAGGGUGGCUUCUGGUGUUUUGUGUGGCUUCAUCAUUUCCUUCCUGCCUCUCAUCCACUUCAUGAUGUAAUUCUUGGCACUUUUACUUCCUUUGUAGAGUAGGAUGUGAUGUCAUAGAGAAGGGGACAGGGCUAUCCAAAUUCUCUCAAUUGCUGGGAGGAGCUGUCCAGGUGUGCUGAGGGGCCUGUACUCAGGAAGAGAAACAGGGAAUCCUCCACAGCACUAGAAAAACACCCCAACUCACCAAUGACAGCAAAGCAGAUAUUGGAAGUCAUUCAGAAAGAAGGGUUAAAAGAAACAAGUCUGGUUUCAGACCCCGGCAUGGCUUGGAGACAGCGUUGGUGUGUAUGAAGGAUCUUCCUCCAAUGAAGGAUUUGGGACAACUUUCCAUGAUGAUUAUAUUAGAGCCUCAGCUGCUUUCGUGUUGGUCAUGAGGUGAUGCUGAACCGAAUGCUUGAACUAGCAGGAGUGGCUGGGAUUGCAUUGGAGUGGUUCCGUUCAUUCCUUCCGGAAAUGGAACCUCUCCAUUAGCCUGUCUGAAUGCAAUGCUUCACACUAACACUCGAAUAGGGGAUGGAACAUUCUUCAAAAUCCCUGGAAAGUCAGGCCUGUAUGCUCUCAAAAAAGAGGAGUCGUCAUGCCCAGCAGAUGGCACGUUGGAUUUAGUCUGUGAAUCUGAAUUGGAUGGUACAGAUAUGGCCGAGGCAAAUGCCCGUGGAGAAGAAAAUGGAGUUUGUUCGAAGCAGGUAACUGAUGAAGCAUCUUCCACUAGAGAUUCAAGCCUUACUAACACAGCAGUGCAAAGCAAGUUAGUGUCUUCCUUCCAGCAGCACACCAAAAAGGCUCUUAAACAGGCUUUGAGGCAGCAGCAGAAAAGAAGAAAUGGAGUCUCAAUGAUGGUAAACAAGACUGUUCCUCGUGUUGUUUUGACACCAUUGAAGGUGUCUGAUGAGCAGUCGGAUUCGCCUUCAGGAUCCGAAUCUAAAAAUGGUGAAGCAGACAGUUCAGAUAAAGAAAUGAAACAUGGGCAAAAAUCUCCCACUGGAAAACAAACAAGUCAGCACUUAAAACGAUUAAAAAAGUCUGGUUUAGGGCACUUGAAAUGGACCAAAGCUGAGGACAUUGACAUAGAAACCCCAGGAUCUAUUCUUGUCAACACUAACUUGAGGGCAUUAAUAAAUAAACAUACGUUUGCUUCUUUACCUCAGCAUUUUCAACAAUACCUCCUGCUUUUGCUCCCAGAAGUGGAUAGGCAGAUGGGAAGUGAUGGAAUUUUACGCCUCAGUACUUCAGCUCUAAAUAAUGAAUUCUUUGCAUAUGCAGCACAAGGGUGGAAACAGCGACUGGCAGAAGGAGAGUUUACCCCAGAAAUGCAAUUGCGGAUAAGGCAAGAAAUUGAGAAGGAAAAGAAAACAGAACCUUGGAAAGAAAAAUUCUUUGAGAGGUUUUAUGGAGAAAAGCUGGGCAUGUCAAGAGAGGAAUCUGUGAAGCUCACUACUGGACCAAACAAUGCCGGAGCUCAGAGUAGUUCUUCAUGUGGGACUUCUGGCCUUCCAGUUUCUGCACAGACACCCUUAGCAGAACAACAGUCAAAAAGCAUGAAAAGCCCAACUUCUCCAGAGCCCGGUUUCUGUGCUACUCUUUGCCCUAUGGUAGAAAUUCCAGCUAAAGAUAUAAUGGCAGAAUCGGAGUCAGAGGAUAUCUUGAUCCCUGAAGAAUCUGUAAUUCAGGAGGAAAUUACAGAAGAGGUAGAGACUAGUAUCUGUGAAUGCCAGGAUGAAAAUCAUAAGACAAUACCUGAAUUUUCUGAGGAGUCUGAAAGUCCAGCCAAUUCUCAUGAAGAACCCCAAACAGCACCUCCUGAAGAUAACUUGGAGUCCUGUGUUAUGAUGAAUGAUGUUUUAGAAACUUUGCCUCAUAUUGAAAUUAAGAUAGAAGAGAAGUCAGAAUCGCCCCAGGAAGAAAUGACAGUUGUUAUCGAUCAGUUAGAAGUCUGUGAUUCUCUUGUUCCUUCCACUUCAUCUGUGACUCAUGUCAGUGACACAGAACGUAAGGAGUCAGAAACUGCGAUAGAGACCAGUACCCCCAAAAUAAAAACAGGGUCAUCUUCUCUAGAAGGCCGGUUUCCAAAUGAAGGAAUUUCUGUAGAUAUGGAGCUACAGAGUGACCCUGAAGAACAGCUUUCAGAAAAUGCCUGCAUCUCUGAAACGUCCUUUUCUUCGGAGAGCCCAGAGGGAGCCUGUACCAGCCUGCCUUCCCCAGGAGGGGAAACACAGUCCACAUCAGAAGAAUCAUGUACUCCAGCCUCCCUUGAGACAACAUUUUGUUCUGAGGUGUCUAGCACUGAAAAUACAGACAAAUACAACCAGAGAAAUUCCACUGAUGAAAACCUUCAUGCAUCUUUGAUGUCAGAAAUCUCUCCAAUAUCCACUUCACCUGAACUAUCAGAAGCAUCUCUUAUGUCCAAUUUACCAUUAACAUCUGAAGCAUCACCAAUAUCCAACUUACCUUUAACAUCAGAAACCUCACCGAUGUCCGACUUACCUUUAACAUCAGAGACUUCUUCAGUGUCUUCCAUGCUUCUCACCUCUGAGACCACUUUUGUAUCCAGUUUGCCACUUCCUUCAGAAACGUCUCCAAUUUCUAACUCUUCCAUAAAUGAGAGAAUGGCACAUCAGCAAAGAAAGUCACCUUCUGUAUCUGAAGAGCCGCUCUCCCCACAGAAAGAUGAGUCUUCCGCCGCUGCCAAACCUCUGGGAGAGAACCUUACCUCACAGCAGAAGAAUCUAUCUAAUACUCCCGAACCCAUCAUAAUGAGUUGUUCUUCCAUUACUCCUGAAGCAUUUCCGUCUGAAGAUUUGCACAAUAAAACCCUGAGUCAGCAAACUUGUAAAUCUCAUGUUGACACUGAGAAGCCCUACCCUGCUUCGAUUCCAGAACUUGCUUCUGCUGAAAUGAUAAAAGUUAAAAAUCAUAGCAUCCUGCAAAGAACAGAAAAUAAAGUGUUAUCUUCACCAUUGGAAUUAUCUGUCUUUUCUGAAGAGACAGAGAAUAAGGGAAAUGAGCUUCCAUCUGCUAAAUUACAGGACAAGCAGUAUAUCUCAUCAGUGGAUAAGACUUCAUUUUCAGAAGGCUCUAGAAAUAAGACACAUAAGCAAGGGAGUACACAGAGUCGGUUAGAAACCUCACAUACUUCCAAGUCCUUAGAGCCCUCCAAGUCACCUGAUGGGAUGAGAAAUGAAAGUAGAGAUUCAGAGAUAUCGAAGAGGAAAACUGCAGAGCAGCACAGCUUUGGAAUCUGUAAGGAAAAGAGAGCUAGAAUAGAAGAUGAUCAGUCAACCCGGAACAUAUCAUCUAGCAGCCCACCUGAGAAAGAACAGCCUCCAAGAGAGGAACCAAGGGUUCCCCCUCUCAAGAUUCAGCUUUCCAAAAUUGGGCCACCUUUUAUAAUCAAGAGCCAACCAGUCUCCAAACCCGAGUCUCGAGCAUCCACUAGCACAUCCAUCAGUGGCGGGAGGAACACAGGAGCCAGGACCCUCGCAGAUAUCAAGGCCCGGGCCCAACAAGCUCGGGCCCAGCGAGAGGCUGCUGCAGCUGCUGCCGUAGCUGCUGCAGCGAGCAUUGUCUCUGGAGCCAUGGGAAGCCCAGGAGAGGGUGGAAAGGCGAGAACCCUGGCACACAUCAAAGAACAGACAAAGGCUAAGCUCUUUGCAAAGCAUCAAGCUCGAGCCCAUCUCUUCCAGACCUCUAAAGAGACCCGGUUGCCUCCGCUCAGCUCAAAGGAAGGGCCUCCAAACUUAGAAGUCUCUUCUACCCCUGAAACAAAAAUGGAAGGUUCGACUGGUGUCAUUAUUGUCAAUCCAAACUGUAGAUCUCCUAGCAACAAGUCUGCCCACCUCCGGGAGACCACCACUGUACUACAGCAGUCUCUGAACCCAAGUAAACUUCCAGAAACUGCCACUGACUUAUCUGUGCAUAGUUCUGAUGAAAACAUACCUGUGUCACAUUUAUCUGAGAAAAUUGUUUCAUCUACCUCUUCUGAAAAUAGCAGUGUGCCCAUGCUUUUUAAUAAAAAUUCUGUCCCUGUAUCUGUUUGCAGCACUGCUAUAUCGGGAGCAAUUAAAGAACAUCCCUUUGUGAGUUCUGUUGAUAAAUCCUCUGUCCUAAUGUCUGUUGACAGUGCAAACACUACAAUUUCUGCUUGUAAUAUAAGCAUGUUAAAAACCAUCCAGGGAACUGACACUCCAUGCAUAGCCAUUAUACCAAAAUGUAUUGAAAGCACUCCCAUUUCAGCCACUACAGAGGGCUCCAGCAUAUCAAGCUCCAUGGAUGAUAAGCAGUUACUAAUAUCAAGCAGCAGUGCUAGUAACUUAGUCUCCACUCAGUACACCUCUGUGCCAACUCCUUCCAUCGGAAACAAUUUGCCAAACCACCUCUCCACUAGCUCUGUCUUGAUUCCCCCGACGGGAAUUAACAACAGAUUUCCUUCUGAGAAGAUAGCCAUACCUGGGAGUGAAGAACAGGCUACUGUAUCCAUGGGUACCACUGUGAGAGCAGCCCUCAGCUGCAGUGAUUCCGUAGCGGUCACAGACUCUCUGGUUGCACACCCAACCGUUGCAAUGUUUAGUGGAAACAUGCUGACAAUAAACUCUUAUGAUAGUCCUCCCAAGUUAAGUGCUGAAAGCCUGGACAAAAAUUCAGGGCCUCGAAACAGGGCAGAUAAUUCUGGAAAACCUCAGCAACCACAGGGGGGCUUUGCACCAGCAGCCAUAAACCGAUCAAUUCCGUGUAAAGUCAUUGUUGACCACAGCACCACGCUGACCUCCAGUUUGUCUCUGACUGUCUCCGUUGAAAGUUCAGAAGCCAACUUGGACCUGCAGGGCAGGCCAGUGAGGACAGAGGCAUCCGUACAGCCCAUGGCGUGUCCUCAGGUGUCUGUGAUUAGCAGGCCUGAGCCAGUUGCCGGUGAAGGUGUAGAUCACAGUUCCACUUUCAUUGCUGCUUCGGCAGCAAAACAAGAGUGUAAAAUAUUGCAGGCCACCUGCACAAGUCUCCGAGAAUUACCCCUUGUUCCAGAUAAAUUAAAUGAGCCGACUGCUCCUAGUCAUAACUUUGCUGAGCAGGCACGUGGCCCAGCUACGUUCAAAAGUGAGGCAGACACAACCUGUAGCAAUCAGUAUAACCCAAGUAACCGGAUUUGCUGGAGUGAUGAUGGGAUGAGGAGCACAGGACAGCCUCUGGUUACUCACUCGGGUUCAAGUAAACAAAAGGAGUAUCUAGAGCAAAAUUGUCCAAAGGCUAUCAAAACUGAACAUGCCAGCUACUUGAACGUGUCUGAACUUCAUCCCAGGAAUCUCAUAACAAAUGUUGCUCUUCCUGUGAAAUCUGAACUUCAUGAAGCAGACAAGGGCUUUAGAAUGGACACUGAAGACUUCCCCGGCCCUGAGCUGCCGCCUCCAGCUGCAGAGGUAGCCUCUAGUGUACAAAAAACACAGAACGUGAAAGCUUCCACCUCGAGUCCCAUGGAAGAGGCUAUUUCCUUGGCUACGGACACCCUGAAAAGAGUCCCUGGUGCAGGGAGCUCAAGCUGUCGUCUGUCCUCUGUGGAGGCUAACAACCCGCUGGUGACGCAGUUACUACAGGGCAACCUGCCUUUGGAAAAAGUGUUGCCGCAACCCAGAUUGGGAGCCAAGCUUGAAAUCAACAGGCUUCCGUUGCCUCUUCAAACUACCUCAGUGGGUAAAACAGCACCAGAGAGAAACGUUGAAAUUCCGCCCAGCUCUCCAAAUCCAGAUGGUAAGGGCUACUUGGCAGGGACUCUUGCACCACUCCAAAUGAGAAAGCGAGAAAACCACCCCAAAAAGAGAGUAGCUAGGACUGUAGGAGAACACACUCAAGUUAAAUGUGAACCAGGAAAAUUGUUGGUGGAGCCAGAUGUUAAAGGGGUGCCUUGUGUCAUCAAUUCUGGCAUGAGUCAGCUGGGACACAGCCAGACAUUUAAGCAAGAAUGGCUAAACAAGCACUCCAUGCAGAACAGAAUUGUUCACAGCCCUGAGGUCAAACAGCAAAAGAGACUGCUCCCCUCGUGUAGCUUCCAGCAGAACCUAUUUCAUGUUGACAAGAAUGGCGGCUUCCACCCUGACGCUGGUACCUCACACAGACAGCAGUUUUACCAAAUGCCUAUGGCUGCCAGGGGCCCCAUUCCUACUGCAGCUCUAUUACAGGCCUCUUCCAAGACCCCAGUGGGGUGUAAUGCAUUUGCCUUCAACAGGCAUCUUGAACAGAAGGGAUUGGGAGAGGUUAGUCUUUCCUCAGCACCUCACCAGCUAAGGUUAGCCAACAUGUUGUCCCCUAAUAUGCCCAUGAAAGAAGGUGAUGAGGUGGGAGGCACUGCGCAUGCAAUGCCAAACAAAGCACUAGUACAUCCGCCGCCGCCACCGCCUCCCCCUCCCCCUCCCCCUCCACCCUUGGCUUUGCCCCCACCUCCCCCACCACCACCUCCACUACCUCCACCUCUCCCUAAUGCAGAAGUCCCAUCCGAUCCAAAACAACCUCCAGUUACCAUGGAAACCACUAAGAGACUUAGUUGGCCACAGUCCACGGGCAUAUGUAGCAAUAUAAAAUCGGAACCUCUUUCUUUUGAGGAAGGUUUAAGCAGCAGCUGUGAACUGGGCAUGAAACAAGUUUCCUAUGACCAGAAUGAAAUGAAAGAACAGUUAAAAGCAUUCGCACUAAAAAAUGCAGAUUUCUCUUCCUAUUUGCUUUCUGAGCCACAAAAGCCUUUUACCCAAUUAGCUGCUCAGAAAAUGCAGGUGCAGCAACAACAGCAGCUCUGUGGAAAUUAUCCAACAAUACACUUUGGUAGCACGAGUUUCAAAAGGGCAGCAUCUGCAAUUGAAAAGUCCAUUGGGAUUUUGGGAAGUGGCUCCAAUCCUGCCACGGGCUUGCCUGGUCAGAACGCUCAGAUGCCCGUUCAGAACUUUGCCGACAGCAGCAAUGCAGAUGAAUUGGAACUGAAAUGCUCUUGCCGGCUGAAAGCCAUGAUUGUGUGCAAAGGCUGUGGGGCCUUCUGCCAUGACGACUGCAUAGGUCCUUCAAAACUCUGUGUAGCAUGCCUGGUUGUACGAUAAGAGCUGAGUGAAAGAUGCAGUAUCCCUUUUCCACACGGAAAAGCCAAAUAGCAUCAGCAGCAACACAUCGAAUAAUACAGUGGUUUCUAUCAUGCUAAUUUAUUUUGCUUUGAAGCAGGUACCUUUUCUCUAUGGCAGCAUUUUCUUGCAUUUCUCAUAAAGGGGAGGAUUCAUUCCCAACUGAAUGGCUCACUGGCAUGUCUUUUACAUGUUCAGUUGCCAUUCCUAGCUUUGGAAAGUUUCUUUCUGUCCAUGUGUAUACAAGUCAAUGCCCCAUUUUUGUUUUUCUUUUAACCCAGGUGUAGAUAGGAAAAGGAAAUUUUUAAUUACUUAAUAACCAGAAAUGCAGAUAUAUAAAGAGAAUGAGAGGAAUGAUUUAAAGUGGUUAUGCAUUUUUCUAUAGAUGAGCCAUUACAGCAAGGAAUUUCACAGUUGACUUUUCUGGACCUAGCUUUACCACAGUGAUUAAAUCCUAUUUAGAAAGGGGAGUCUGAUUUAAAUGUGUGAUUCUUUGUAUUUACUCCUAUCACAAAAGAUAUAUGAAAGGAGGUAUGCCAUUGAUGAAAUCCAUUAUCCUGAGUAUUACCUUUCCUCCUGUUUUACUCUUUCUCAAAGACUAUGGCAGAAUAUCUGGAUCUUCCUUGGAUUUUGUACACAUAUUUUAGUGAAAUGUGUCCUACAUCUGAAAUUUCAGCAUGGGACUCCUGCCCAGCAAUCUGGUUCUAGCCGUUUGACACCUAAUCAUAUGAAAUCAAUUGGUCAGCCAAUAGCCAUAAGCCCAGAGGAUUUUAGAGCUUCAUGUAUGGCUUUUAAGAGUAGGUUUGAAAAAAAAAAAAAAAAAAGGCCC